AUGAACAAAUCUACAGCGGCCUUGAGUGCAUAUUUGGGCUUAUGCAGACAGCCGCAGGAUCCAGUCGACAGACCAGGAUCAAAAUUCUGGACGCAUUCGUUGAUUAUUGGUACUGAAGUGCUGGCCUACUUGAUGAUUUUGAUUGCUCUCGAACGGUUUUUCGCAGUGCUCAAACCUAUGGCCUACAAAUCUAUUUUCCAAGAAAGGAACAAAGUUAUCUUCCUAUUUUUCAUACCUACUGCAUGUCUGGUUUCUUUAUCAGUUGGAUGGAUAUCGUCGUAUAUGGAAAGCGAUCGAGUGGUUGCAACCCAGCACUGUUUUAUAAUCGAUAGCACUGGUAAAUGGUAUGCCACGUUUCACUUUGUAAUUGUAGUUAUUGCCUUUUAUAUAUCUUUCUGUUCAUUUCUUGUCGCUUGGAACUACAGCAGGCUGCGACAACGUGACACAUUCGAGGCACAACCUCAGCAUCUGGAUAGCGAUUUCGGCUUCAACGGCCUUUCUUGUUUCAAUUCCUUCAUUUGUUAUGCUCAUUAUGCUUUGGUCUGGGGUAAAAUUCAAUGA